AGCUCUGCUGCUUGCUGCUCGCAGAGAGCUUUCGCAGUCAGUUCGAUACCGAGCGCCGGAGCGUUCGGUACACGUCCCAAUAUACGCGCGUGUUCUGUCAUCGUCGCCGUUCUCCAUUAUCGUCGGCGUGCAGCCUACGAGGGAGACCCUCGCGUCCGAGGGUUGACCGGUGAGAGUUGUCAGCGAGGGGGGACGAAAACGACAUUGCCCGGGGGUUGCCUACGACACGCGGCGGGAACGCAACGCGGGACAUGUGCGCUACGCGGGAUUGAAAGAGCCGUCUGUAUUCGAGCAAUCCUGCAAUCCGCGAGAGGAAUCGUAAGAUUACGAAAUUGCGAUCGAGAGGUCUCCGAUUCUUCCUUUUUGUUCGCCCGAUCGAGACUAAGUCGCUUGUUAUUAUUGUCGGACCGGUGCGGGACGAUGACUUGAACCAUGUGUAUCACUUUUGAGAGGCUUCGCUUUGUCUGGUGAACGAGCCUUUGAAUUCCCGGGCGAGGGGACAGUGCCACCUCUUCUAGUUUGGUCCUCGUGCCGGAGGGUACGAUGGUAUCGGGAGAAGACGCGGCUUAAAUGCCAUCGUCGGCGAUUGUCUCGAACGAUGGAACGAGGGAACGAUGGAAUGUGCGGAUAAUAUGCCGCACGCCGUAGAAUAUGCGCGGCCUCCUCCGUACGUAGUACGGUAAAUGGCGGGACGUUUCUGCGAGCGGGCAUAUCCCACGCACUUCGCAUAUCGACCAUCUUUGACCAUCUCCCGACCUAUUAAUUAAGCAGCUAAGCGAUGUGGUUUUGGAUACCAAAACAAGAAACAUGAUCGGGAACAUGAUCGGGAAGAUGCUGCGAGCGCACGACCUCAUCGCCCCUGCUGUCAGUCAUCGCACCUCUCGUACGUCGUAAUCGGUUCAGAUAUUAAUCCCGUCAGUGAUUUUGGUGCGGGUGGCUUGCCCUAAUUCUCGGCUAAUUCUCGUGGCGUGAUGUGAGGACCGCUCGGACCUCGGAUGUCGCGUCGCGCAUCCAUUGGUGCCGAUCGAGCCGGGAUGAGGCAUCAGGACGUACUUGCGAAUUGGGACGAGUAAAGCCGCGUCUCGCCAGGAUCGACCCUCGCCUCUCCCCUUCCUUCCAUCCCGAGGACAACCCAAAAAACAACGACCUCGAUCCACGCGUUCCAGCGCCGCCAUCGUCCUCCCGGCGUCCUUCUGGUCGAUACAUUUCUGCGAAUAGACACGCUUCCGGGACGGACCCUUAUGCAUAUGUAUAGCCGUAAACGAUCGGAGUCAAGGUCGAAUCGGUCAUCCCGAUUCUAUGGUCGCAACGAUAUCGUGCGGACGAACGUAGUCCGGAAAUAGCGCGCUCGAUAUCGUCUCGUGGUUAAAGCGAGCGUAUGUUAUUGCUGCUGAUUGGCAGCUGAUCGCAGCUAAGAUCCCGCUUUAACCAUCUUCUCUCUGUUUCGUCGGAAACUUGAAGCGGAUAUAUAUCCCGGCGAUAACAUAUGGACAUUAUACGUAGAUAACGAUGUUUCUGGAGGAACAGAGUUGUCGGAAAUGGGACUCGGUACACGAGCAAACGCAAACGGAAAAGCUUAACAGCCGACCGUUCGAAACUGGAACGUUUCUGUGAACAGUCGUGUGUGUGUGUGUGUGUAUAUAUUUCUGUGAGGAUGGAGAUAUCAGAGACAGAAUCAAAUUAAUAACUGCAAUUUGUACAAACGGAUAUAGCUGCGAAACUCGAGAUUAGCCACCCUUUCAAUCGAACAAGUUUAACGAACUAGAAGAUUGCUGUUCAGCUAUAAAGAUAUCUCUAAUACGCGUUAGAUUUGAAAAAUUUUAGAUUAACAGUCUCUUCAAAUACGCGAGUGGAACUCGUUUUGAACUUUGAAUUUUUUGGCCGAUAUAGUUUUGCGACUGUAUCACCUCUGUGAAAGAUUAAAAUUGCGAAUAUCGCCUAAUAAAAUCAUCAACGGCCAGCAGACCUGAAAAAGAUACGUGAAAAUUUUGUAAUUAUUCGAUAAAACCUUGAACAAAAAUUGCAAACGUCACGAUGGGAAUAAUGGCGCAACUGUUGCUGUUAUAAAUUGGGUCAAUGUUUCGUCCCCUAUCGAAUCUCCCUGUAUGCGCUAACGGGACUUUAAAUUCUGACGAAUCUAAAAACUAGCAUGACGCAGUGUUUUUCCUGCAACGACGAUAUAGAAAAAUGUAGCAAAAAUGAAGGCGCGAAAGCGGGUCGCGCGAAUACGAUAUCCAUUUUGAAGAAAGCUAUUUUCAUCGCUUUCAGCAGAAGAGCGUUUAAUUGAGGAAGAGAACGCAACGCAUAAACGUAACGUCAUCAUGUAGAAGCAGAAAUCCGUGAGAUGUCGACCCAAACAAACAAGAUUUUCGUCGCCAACGUGUAGUACUUUUCAGAACAUCCGUUGUCAUCGAGGGUGAAAGGGGGUGAAUCGACAGAGCAGGGUCUCAUUUGCCGUCCGUGGUGGCAGUGACGUCGUGAUCGGCAGGGUCCAAGGGCCCAUGGCCGGGUAUUGUUUUCGGUGGUGGCUCCCGAUCGCGAUCCUAUCCGGGUGCUUUCCCCCUUCAGCGGCUGACGCCGCUCGUAUUUCGUGCACGUCUACCUAUCCUACGGAGGUGGCUCGCGGCGGGGACGUGGUGGUCUUCCUGGGCGAGAGAUGCGACCAGGAGAUCAACGUCACCGAGAUACAGGAUUACUUGGCCGCGCCGGACGUGGCCGGCGAGCUCUCGAUCAGCGUAAUGCCGAGACCCCUGACGUGCGAGACGGAAACCGGGGGCCUCGGCGCGCUGAUCCACGCUGUCGGUGAGAGCAACACAAAGGCAGUGAUAGCCGCGCUCGACAGCUCUAUCUGCCAAGUGGCCGAUAAACUAGCGCAUCUCGGGAAUAAACCGUUUCUCACGUGGACCUGUCCGUUGAGAAAUUUGAAGGAGAGGGAUCUAUCGUCCAUCAUUAGGCUUUCCCCGUCAUUACCGUCAAUGGCUAAUGCCGUGGCGGAAAUAUUCCUGCACUUGCAGUGGAAGACUGCGAUCAUUAUCGGCAUAGAUCGUGAGCCGUGGUCCAGCCUGGAUAGUGCCGUGAUCAACGCCUUUGGGAAGAUCGGUGUGUUUCUGCGGUAUCACUUAAUCCUACCCCAUCGCGCCACCCUCGAGCAGAUCCGCAGGAUACUCAAGUCCGUGCACAGCAUCUCCCGUCGAGCUACGGUACUUUGUCUGCCGCUGCUCGACGAGGUGACAAGUCGCGUUUUGAUGGAGCUAAACAUCGCGUGGCAAAACCACAUUCAGAAUUCCGUCAUCCUGAUGAUCCACACGGAGGAUAUCGAUCUCUUCCUUCCGAGAGACGAGAACCCGCCGUCACCCGCCUCGCUCCCCAUCAAUCCGAUGACCUUGGCCCAAUCCGCGAUUACUCAGUCUUCCAAUUUUUCUACCUCGAACGUAACUCGCGCCGGCCCGAAUGCGAUUCUGGAAAAGGACGAGAGGAGGGUACAGGAGAUCCCGCGAUGGAUCUUCCCGCCGAGGAAUCUCAGCAGCAACACGAUGGAGAAUCUACUCGCGGUCGCACCGCUCGAUCAGAGGUACGACGUGAGGAAGAUCUUCAACGGUACGCAGAAUUACGCGACGCCGUCGUUGCUCGAUCGAUUGAACGAAUCGCUGAUCGUGUUGACGCGCGACAACAGCAGCCUCGACGCCCACAAUAACAAAAUGUACACAUACGCUUUGUUGGACUGGCGUACCGACGUCGGUUGGAAACCGAUUCUCGCGGUUGUCAACGAUUAUCAGCGGCUGCAAGUUCAACAACUGACAUCAAACGCCGUGGCGUUCUUCAACAACCUCGAGAUGUCCGACUUGCUGUCCUGCGACGACGAUGCCGAUUGCCCGGAUGGCUUGGCCGACAUGUCUUUCCGUACCACACAUAUCGUAGCUAUUAUUCUGGGGUCGCUGCUGUUCACCUUUGUCGCCAUAGCCGUCGGGAUUAUAGUCCGAAAGCGAUUGAUCAAGAAAAGGAUGUCUAAGGGCCCAUACAAAAUCAUCCUAACGACAUCGGACUUUGUUUUUCCUCAAGUGCCUCCAGUAGAUUCGAGAACGGUAGAUGAAGGCAUCGAGGCGAUGCUAUGCUGCUGGCUACAGCAACUGCAGGAGUUCGGCGGACCGGAAGUCGAGAAGCCGGAUCUGCUCCAGCUCGGCAGCGUCAAUUCCCUGAGGCCCUAUUUGCAGGCCAGCAGCGGAAACGGGCCGCGGCAUACCUUUUUCAAGGAUCCACGCGCUAGGUAUAACGGUGACUUGGUUCAAUUGAAGGAGCUACCCUUUCAAGGUACGUUCGAACUGAAGAGCAAGGCCAUGGACGUGCUGGUCACGAUCCACGGGCUGCGACACGAGAAUCUCAAUCCUCUGAUUGGAUGCCUUAACGAACCUACGAGACCCUGCCUAGUGUCGGAGUACUGCUCGAGGGGAUCCCUGGAGGACGUACUUGUUCAGGAUGAAAUUAAACUCGACUGGUCCUUCAGAUUAUCCUUGCUCACCGAUCUUGUGCGGGGUAUGAGAUACCUUCACGGCACUCCAAUACGCGUUCACGGCUACCUCACGUCGCGAAAUUGCGUGAUUGACGCAAGGUGGGUCUUAAAAGUCACCGAUUAUGGUCUGCCUGCAUUUUACGAGGCGCAGAAUAUAGUGCCGCCGGUGAAAACGGCUCGAGGUUUAUUAUGGACCGCGCCGGAACUGCUUAGGUAUCCGAAUCUGCGGAAAAGGGGAACUCAGGCUGGGGAUGUUUACAGUUUCGGAAUUAUCAUGCAGGAAGUCGUUGUUCGUGGAGAACCAUUUUGUAUGCUCGCUCUGUCUCCGGAAGAUAUAAUUGAAAAAGUAAUGAAGCCACCACCCCUGAUCAGACCGUCAGUUAGCAAAGGCGCUGCGCCACCGGAAGCCAUAAACAUCAUGCGUCAGUGCUGGGCGGAAACUGCUGAAAUGAGGCCUGACUUUGACGACGUGCAUGAUCUCUUCAAGAAGCUGAAUCACGGGAGAAAGGUAAACUUUGUAGACACGAUGUUCCAAAUGCUUGAGAAGUACUCGAACAAUCUGGAGGAACUCAUUCGCGAGCGUACGGAACAACUUGAUAUGGAGAAGAAGAAAACUGAGCAAUUGUUGAAUAGAAUGCUACCUAGCUCGGUCGCCGAGAAACUGAAGCUCGGCAUGCCUGUCGACCCCGAGGAGUUUCGCGAGGUCACGAUUUAUUUCUCCGACAUUGUCGGUUUCACGACAAUAUCCGCGCGCUCGACACCCUUUCAGGUGGUCGAUCUUCUCAACGAUCUCUACACUUGCUUCGACGACACAAUUAACGCAUACACGGUCUACAAGGUGGAAACUAUCGGAGACGCCUACAUGGUCGUAGGCGGUUGUCCUGUGAGAAUACCCGAUCACGCAAGCCAAGUGGCGACCAUGGCACUUGACCUGUUACAUCAGAGUGGAAAAUUCAAGUUGAAACAUCUUCCGGACACGCCACUUAGGCUACGCAUCGGUCUUCACACGGGCCCGUGCUGUGCCGGCGUGGUAGGUUUAACGAUGCCGCGUUACUGCCUCUUCGGCGACACGGUGAACACCGCCUCGAGGAUGGAGUCGACCGGGGCGCCGUGGCGUAUCCAUCUGAGCCAAGCGACGAUGGAUCGAUUGACGCAGGUCGGCGGAUACUACAUCGAAUACCGCGGGCCCACCGACGUCAAGGGCAAAGGCAAGAUGCCGACCUACUGGCUGCUCGGCAAGCAGGGCUUUGACAAGGAACUACCGAAACCGCCACCCCUCGGGGAGAGCCAUGGAUUGGAUGAAAGUCUGAUACUGGGAAGCCGUUCUCAGAGCGGAUUGUCGAGCGGAGAUUCAAUAGGCUCUCAGCUGCCGGUGAUACCGUCACAAAACGAGACGCCCGAGGAAUCGACCACCAAUCCUGCCGAAGUCAUCCAGCCAGAUCAUCAGGACUCUGUCAGCAGCAACGGGAUCGCCAAUGGGAGCGACAGCCGGACCGCGUCCUUCGAGGAGGCUAUCGACGUCAGGAAGGUCGCCGUAUCCGUACACAACGAGCGCAUAAUGCUGCCGAGUUACUCAUUGAGGUCCAACGAGUUCAUCGAGGUGUUGCAGGGCAAGCAGGACGCGACGAAGACGGCCGAGGCCGUUCACGGCGGGAUCGUGAGCAAGAGCACGUCCGCUGAUACCCAGGCCUCCCUCGGCGUAUCAUCCUCCGUUUCCGGCGCGGAUCCCGCGGCGACGAUCCUCGGCGCGUCCACCAGCUCACUCACGUCGAUUGCCGGCUCGGCAACAUAUCGACAACCGCCCCUGAGGCAUCGCCGUUUUGGCUGCAUUGAUGAGAACGAUCUCAGCAUGCCAUACAAUCAUUACAGGUGUCUAUCACCCAACGAACAUCACGGGAAAAGCCUCGGCUGUCGAACGCUUCGGAGGCAAUUCAGCCUGGACCGCCCGGACGAGCCGGUGUCAAUAAUCCCGGAACAAUCGCAGCCACAGAGAUCGACUCCUCGUCUCUAUAAGCAAAAUAGCGCGGGCGCAGCCAACGACUUGGAGAGAAUCGAGGAAGUACCAUCGACAACUCCCAAACCCCUCCUUCAGAGUUACCGCCACGCGGCUUCCGUUUCCCUCUCCGUUGAAUCUCUGUCGUUGCGUUGAACCGCCGAAUAUUAUGUCGAGAGAAAAACUCCGAUAUAUAUUACGAGCACAAAAUCGAACACGGCGCACGCGUAUCGCGUUUGGAAUUCGCAGCGAACAAUUCACGCGAAAACGUGUGUAUAAUUGAAAAGUGUCGCGGUUACGUAUCGUAAUUAAUGAAACUAUCAGCCUUCAUUAAGCGCGAUCGCGUCAAUGAAUUAUCUUUAAUCUUAGCUCAACUUUUGUCUUCAGAAUCGCAAUUUUAGUUUUAAUUAAUUCUAGUCAUAAUUUUAUUUCUAGAAAAAAAAACAGUAUUAAACCAAGAUUGAAAGUUGGUGAGACUGGUUCUCAGAUUUGACGCGAUCACAAUCGGGAAAGACACAUCGGCUCGAAAAUCCGAUUACAAUAAAAAUAAACGUAAGGAUCGAUGGCUUUAAAAAACGUAACAUGUAAAUGAUCGUGACUCGUUGCUGCUCCGUCUGUAUUCUUAUCUGAAUGUACAUUGUAUUGGUGUUUGAUAAUACCCGCGGGCAGGGGUGUGUAAUCCGUGAUUAGAGAUUCAAUGGUUGUAGGCGUGUUGUAAAUCGUUUAUAAAUAAUCGUUGGGGCAAAAGUUUAUAUAGAACUAUUUACGGGCGAUCCGCUCUUCGAAUUCCCUCCAAUGUGUCUGUACCUGUCAAUAUUUAAACGUUUCACGGACAAAUAUUACUGUCGAUGAAUGAUCAUCAUUCACAUCAUCUACAAAUUCCUUGUUGAAACUGUCAGUAUCCGAGAGAGAGAAAAAGAGAGACAGCUAGCAAAUAAUAUAUAUAAUUUUGGAUAUAUAUCGAAUAUAUUUAAAUGCGUGACACGAAAUAUUAAAAAAAUUUAGAUAUCCGAAAGGAGAUUCUCUUAUUGAAUUUCUAGACUAGAGUUUAUGCUGUGAGAUUCAACUCAAUUUCUUUAGAAACGUAUUAAAAUGUCGAAAGUUUAAAAGGGUAAUGUAUUUCUCAUUUUUCAGAUUUUUUCACGACAUAUAUAUAUAUAUGUAUUCCGUAAAGUCGUUUUUUACCUUGCUAAGAAUUAAAAGUUAUUCUCAUAAUUAUCUACUAUUUAUGAUUGUAAACUCUCUCGCUAGAUGUACGUAUCUAUGAAACGAAAAUCUGAAGUCGAUAUUAAUGAAUGGAAUUUUAAUAUAAUAAAAUCGUUUUCACACUCGUAUCUCUUGGAAGAAUUAUAGAUUUAACCGAAACUUUUAAACUAUUCAUAGAGACAAGAUAGAGAGCAAGAUGAUAUAAAACGAAGAAUAAUUAACAACUUAAUCCGUCACUUGUUAUAUAAUUUCUUGAUGAAAAUAUGUCUAAAUAAAAAUGUUAUUGCC